GUACCUACAAUUCCUUCCUCAAUUGAGUCCAUUCUGGUCUAUCUGAUAAAAAUGCACGCUUCCAAGCUCCUCCUCCUGCCUGCCGUCUGGGCCGGGCUCAGCAUGGCUGCCAGCCAGGUCGCCCACGACUCCCUGAGAGCCCUGCCUCAGAACCUGGAUAAUUCUGCGACGUCCAACGCCGUCAGAACCUUCCAGCCCAGUCUCUAUAUCGACAGCGGCUGCCAGCCUUAUCCUGCCAUCGAUGCCGAGGGUAACUGGAGUGGUGGUGAAAACCCAAGCGGUAGUCCUUCUGGUGGCUGCCGUGACCAGAGCAAGGCUCAGGUGUACGAGCGUGGCGGCUGGCACAAUGGUGCCUACGGCAUCAUGUAUACCUGGUACAUGCCCAAAGACCAGGGUGGUGGCAGCUUGGGAAUCACCGGCCACCGCCACGACUGGGAAGGAAUCGUGGUCUGGGUCAAGAACCCGGCGGUUGCCAAUCCCACUGUUCUCGGAAUUGCCACUUCUGCGCAUGGCAAGUUCCCUGAGAAGCUCCCUGGGGCUCUUAAGGAUGUGAUGCCCGGCACCAGCCACCCGAAGAUCAAGUAUUACCAGGAUACUGCCGUGGUGGGCACUCACAGCGUGCACACGACCGGCAAUGAGGGAAGAUACCAGCCGAUCAUCGGCUGGGACUUUAUGAACGCCAACAUGAAGAAUACGCUCAACACUGUCAACUGGGGUAACGCCAACUGCCCUAUCAAUGACGCGAACUUUGCCAACAACCUCGCCAAGGCUGCCCUUUAGGUGCUGGCUAUAUAGUAUGCUAGGGCUAUAGAUUCACUGGAGAAGAGGUGUGCUAAUUGUCUUUUUGGUUUGGAUGGCUAUAAUUUGUAAACUAGAUAUAUUUUAUACCAGUAUUUAUAGUAUUUAU